UUUUUUUUUUUACUUUUAUAUGUGUUUAUUUUUUUUCUGAUUUGCACUACCUACCCGAUAGCGCAGCUGAUUCCUGAACCUUGCCAGCUUCCUUCUUCCGUCUGUCACAAAUCCUUUUUGGUUUACUGUAUUGUAUUAUCAUCUACAUAUAUUUAGGAUAUUGCAUCAGUGGGCUUUGUCGGAUCUUGAAAGUUGGAUUCUUCAGACCGUCGAUAUCGUUCUUCGAACAAACAGAUCAAAAAGGAAAAGAGAAGAAAAAAACACAGAAAAUAAGGAUGAGGAGAACGACGAUAUGGGAAUGGAUCUUGACGGCAUCCCUUCUCUCAACAACGGAAGCCUUCGCCAUUCGACAAUCGCAAGAUGCAGAUACCCCAAAGAUGGUCAGUCUGCAGACGGAACGAUUGUCCGUCCCAAAACCUGCUGCCCAAGACAGGCUACAAAGGAGAGGAAUAAAUGAAGUCGUAUUAGACAAUGUCAUAGGUGGAUACUAUGUCAAUGUGACCAUUGGUACACCCGGAAGGAAUCUUUCCCUACAUCUCGACACAGGCUCAAGUGAUACUUGGGUGAAUUCUCCCAGUUCGAUUCUUUGUCAAAAUGAAGACAAACCGUGCGAAUACUCCGGCACCUACCUAGCCAAUGACUCGUCUACUUAUGAGUACAUUAGCGAUCAUUUCGACAUCAAGUACGUGGAUGGGUCUGGCGCCAGAGGGGACUAUGCCUCCGAUACCUUCACAGUCGGCAACACCAAACUGAACCGGCUGCAGUUUGGCAUUGGCUACUCUUCAACUAACGCGCAGGGACUGCUCGGUAUAGGGUACGCCCUGAGCGAAGUGCAAACCCGUGCCGGGUUGCCAACCUAUAACAACCUUCCGGCGCAAAUGGUCGCCGACGGCUUGAUCAACUCCAAUGCCUACUCCAUCUGGCUCAAUGACCUCGAUGCCCCCACGGGUACCAUCCUCUUCGGCGGCGUCGACGCCGCCAAGUACGAGGGCGACCUGCUCACCCUACCCGUUCAAACCCCCGAAAAGGGCACGUACAAGAACCUCAUGGUCACCAUGACCGGCCUGUCUCUAUCUCAGUCCCAGUCCUCCUCCAGCGACAAGGGCAACGGUGAUGACACCACCAAGAUCUCCAAAGACAACCUCGCCCUUGCCGUUCUCUUGGACACCGGCUCAACCCUCAGUUAUCUCCCCAGUGAGCUCAUCAAACCGCUCUACGACGCGAUCGGUAUCGAAUACAUAACAGACCCCGACGGCAAAGUAGAUGGCUACGCGCCCUGCCAUCUCAUGUCCUCAUCGCAAUCUGUCAUGUUCUCCUUCUCCUCCCCGCUUCAGAUCACCGUGCCCAUGAACGAGCUCAUCAUCAACCGGACCUUCCACGGCAAACUCCCACGCAUGCCGGACGGCGUCACAGACGCCUGCAUCUUUGGCAUCCAAGAACGUAAUGGCACGGGAGCAAACACCUUAGGCGACACGUUUUUGCGCAGCGCGUAUGUUGUGUUUGAUCUGGACAAUAACGAGAUUUCGAUGGCGCAGACGAGGUUUAAUGCCACGGCGACGGACCUGAAGGAGAUCAAGAAGGGUAAAGGGGGGGUGCCCGGCGCGAAGGCGGUGGAAAAUCCUGUGGAGGCCACGAGCGGGCUUUCUGGUAAUGAAGGGGGGA